UCAGAAUUUUUAAUUAAAAUUGAGUUGAUAUCGAUGUUCAAAGCCAUGACGCGAAUUAAUUUUCAUCGUCAAUUUUAUGCACAAGCAUUAAAAGCCAAGUUCACAAGAACCUAAAAAUUAGCAAAUUGAAUACAACUAUGUCAAUUGAACACUAUCUAUUUGUAACAUUGAUUUACAUACAAAACUGAGGUUCAAGUUUGGAUUGCCCAAUACGUUCAGUAAACGUAUUCUAACAAUACAAUGCAAUGAAGACACACAUUUGAAAUAAAAACAUUUAAAAGAGCAAUCGGUAUUCUUCGUCAUCAGUAGUAAUUAGACAAUUACUGAGACCGAAAUGACUCCCCAAGAUACUAGUACUACAAAUAAAAAUAAUUACGAAGAUAAUGUCCAAAAAACGAAGGAUAAAAGUGACGAUUGCAAUGAAAUUAUUCUUACAAAACGCAUAGGAACUGAUUAUUCCUACAAACAUCAAAUAGUAUGGAAAAAUGCUAUCGGAUUCCUUUUUUUACAUUUAAUGGCAUUAUGGGGACUAGGCAUAAUUUUUACGGGUGGUAUCACCUUUAAAACUUUUUUAUGGUUUGUAUUACUGUUGUUCAUCUCUACAGAAGGAGUAACAAUAGGCGCUCACCGACUUGUCGCUCACAAAACUUUUAAAGCGAGUCCUCUUUUAAAAGUCAUUCUUCUCUUUGGUCAGACGAUGGCUGGACAGAACUCCGUCUUCAUCUGGUCUCGAGACCAUCGUCUUCAUCACCGCUACUCGGAUACAGAUGGUGACCCUCACAACUCGAAGAGAGGAUUUUUCUUCUGUCACAUGGGCUGGCUCAUGAUGAAGAAGCAUCCUUACGUCCUCAAUUUAGGAAUGAGGAUCGACAUGAGCGACUUACUAGCUGAUCCGAUCGUUAUGUUUCAGAAAAAGUACUACUACUAUUUAUAUUUCCUAAUUGCCGUAUUCAUACCCGUGUUUGUGCCAUGUUAUUAUUUCGGAGAAACGUUGAGGACUAGUCUUCUCACCUGUUACUUUGCUCGUUAUAUGACACAACUAAAUGGCACCUGGCUCGUCAAUAGCGCUGCACAUCUUUAUGGCACAAGACCGUAUGACAAGAAACUACAGCCCGUAGAGUCAUGGUUCGUCUCGUUCAUAAGCUUAGGCGAGGGCUGGCACAACUACCACCAUGCUUUUCCUUGGGACUACAAAGCUGCUGAACUCUCUAUGCACUUUAACCAAUCAGCAAGCUUCAUCAGAUUCUUCGAGAAAAUUGGACUUGCUUAUGAUUUGAAAACUGCUUCACCAGAAAUGGUAAGAAGACGAGUAAUCAAAACUGGCGAUGGAACACAUUACGAGAUGGGCAAUGAUAAAGACCGGAAUGCGGUUACAGCCAUCGGAAUAUUACAUCCCCUAAAUCCCUCAUACAACGUUGUUUAUUCAGCGCCUGAAGCGGUAUUAGAAGAUAAAGGGCUGCCUUUGAACGAUGAAAAUGAUGUUUUUGACCCUAGAGUGGCGAAUAGGAAAACUGCAACUGCAUAAAUACUUCGAUAGGAUGUUACUGUAUAAGAAGUUCGUUUGAAUGUAGUGAGAUUAAAUGAAUUGGAUGGAAUGAAUUUUUAAAGAUAAGGAAAUCGAUUAAAUAAAUAAUUAUAUGCAAGUGUGUGUUCAUUUAGAUACAUAAAUGGAAAAACAUAAUAUGGAGCUGUGAACUAAACAAAAUAUUACUCAAGUUAUGUUUCUUUAAUAAUGAGAAUACUUACUAAACAUAGUUUAUAGUAAUAAUUAAAUUAAGAUAUAAGUUUAAAAUCAAA